GGGGGCGGCCCUGCCUCUGACCCUGUGUGUGGGAAGUGAGGGAGAGAGAUCGGGCCGCAGCGCAGCUCUGUGGUGUGUCUGGAGCAGCUCCGUGUUUGCAGAGAGACUCUGUGAGAUAAAUAGGGGGAGAGGGGCCAGAGCAGCCCAACUAGGAGAGAGGGAGCACCAGUCAACACAGCAGCACACACAGGGAGGAGACACAGAGCGAGGAGACACAGCGAGGAGGCACACAGCGAGGAGACACACAGAGCAAGGAGACCCAGAGCAAGGAGACACACAGCGAGGAGACACACAGCGAGGAGACACACGGAGGAGACACACAGCGAGGAGACACAGCGAGGAGACACACAGCGAGGAGACACACAGCGAGGAGACACACAGCGAGGAGACCCAGAGCAAGGAAACACAGCGAGGAGACACACAGCAAGGAGACACACAGCGAGGAGACCCACAGCAAGGAAACACAGCGAGGAGAAACACAGCGAGGAGACACACAGCGAGGAGACCCAGAGCAAGGAGACACACAGCGAGGAGACACACGGGGGAGACACACAGCGAGGAGACACACAGCGAGGAGACCCAGAGCAAGGAGACACAGCGAGGAGACACACAGGGAGGAGACACACAGCGAGGAGACACACGGACGAGACACACAGCGAGGAGACCCAGAGCAAGGAGACACAGAGCAAGGAGACACACAGGGAGGAGACACACAGCAAGGAGACACACAGCGAGGAGACACACAGCACUGGCAGACAGUUCUUUCACAUGAACAAAACGCACUGAGCAGGUCUCCUCCCACAGUCACUCUCUCCCUCCUGCAGCACCUCGGACAGGCUUCCGAGCGCGGGACUGGCUGCAAAGGGAAGCAGCUGGGUGGUUAAUGACAGGAAAGAAGGUGUUGAAGAAGGAAGUGCAAGACUGCCUGAAAGCAAGGCUCCUAAACAGAGAUUUCUUUAACCUACUGCAGUACAAUAUUCAGAAACAGAAGGCUGCGCGAAUGAGAGAGUGGGAGGAGUCAGAACUCAGCAUGGCUGCCAACAGUUACAUUGCAGUGCCUGAUGGGUACUGUGUGUCGGAGCCACUGCAGUAUUAUGGUGAGCAAAAACAAAAAGGGGAUGCGUCACUUGAGUUCCUACCCUUAAAGGAAUGCAAUGCUGAUGUCCUAUCAGACCACCUGAGCUACCCUCUACAGGAGGCAGAUCACCAGCUCUCCCCAUUCAGCCAGUAUUCCGGGAUGCAGUUCUCGCCCAUGCUGCAGGGGGCGCCCUCCUCUCAGUCCUGCUAUGCCCCCUACCCAUAUUGCUUGCAGUACCCCGAGGGGCAGUACCAGCUGGGGGGGUGUGAGCUGGGCAAACCCUCCUACACGCUGCCCUCUGAGCUGGACCCCAGCGGGGUGCCCGUCCUCCCUGGCAUGGCUGGCAUCCCAGCUCUGAAGCGCCCUCGCCUGGGACUCCGAGGGCAGGAGGAGCUGUGUGUGGUGUGCGGGGACAAGGCCUCUGGGUAUCACUACAAUGCACUCACCUGCGAGGGCUGUAAAGGGUUCUUCCGACGCAGCAUCACGAAGAAGGCGGUGUACCAGUGCAAGAGCGGCGGGCACUGCGAGAUGGACAUGUACAUGCGCAGGAAGUGCCAGGAGUGCCGUCUGAACAAGUGCAGGGCAGUGGGCAUGCUGGCAGAGUGUCUACUGACGGAGGUUCAGUGCAAGUCCAAGCGACUCCGCAAGAACGCCAAGCAGGGCCUGGACUUCCUGUGCAGCAUCAAGCUGGAGGACGAGGGGCCAGAGAGCAAGCAGGUCUCCUCCACAGCCCGACAGCCUGCCCAGGAGCGCGUGGAGCUGACCUCUCAGGAGCAGCAGCUGUUGGAUUAUAUUGUGGAGGCUCAUCGCAGGUACCGAGCGCCACAGGAGGCCCCCCGAAAAAGUCAGCGAGGCGAGGCGGCUGGCCCUGGCCUGGGAGCCCUGAGGCUGUCCGGCACAGCAGCACUGCAUGAGUUCACUAAGAGCCUGCCUGGGUUCCUGCAGCUGCACCACGAUGAUCAGGCUGCGCUGCUGAGAGGCUCCAUGGUUGAAGCCAUGUUCCUGCACUCAGCCCAGCUGUACAACGAGAGCACUGGAGAAGGGCUGCAGCGGGCGGGACCAGACGCUGUCGGGCUGCCGUGGUUUGCUGGGUAUGGGACGAGCCUUGAUGGGAAACCAGUAUACUCACCAAACCCUGAGCAAGACGCCUCAACACAUCCUCCCGCUGCUGCUGGAGACGAUGUGGUCAGGCCGGUGUAUAACUUCUACAGGAGCCUGCGUGACCUGAACGUGACGGAGCAGGAGUACGCGCUCCUCGCUGCCAUGGCGCUGCUCUUCUCUGACCGCCCGUUCCUGAAGAGCCGGGAGCAGGUGGAGAGACUGCAGGAGCCGCUGCUGGAGCUCCUGUACAAGUUCUCCAAGCUCCGACACCCCGAGGAUCCCCAGCACUUCGCCCGUCUGCUGGGCCGGCUCACGCAGCUCCGCACGCUCGGCCACAACCACAGCGGCGUGCUGAGCCCGCUGCUCUGUGAGACCUGGGAGCGGCAGUGACGGGGGUAGGACCCCCCUCACCCUCACACAGGACAUGGUUUGAAAUGGACCCAGUGUGGCUGGUUGGAAAGCGGUCUCUCCAGUUCAGGUUUGAUGGAGGAAGAAGCACCCACGUGAAAAUGGCCACGUCUACCAAUUGUUUCAUUUUCGAACAGUCUGAAUAUGCCUGGAUACGAGUUAGUCUGGGGCUAGGCGAUAGCAAUCCCAAACCGCCAGUGUACAGAAACGCCAUGCCUUUACAAGAUCAUGAAAGGCUCCCACAUUGGUGAUGUGAAGUCACCAUUACUACCUAGCAGAAAUGGAUCUCUCCAAAUGGGUCUCCUGAAAUGUGUUCGGGGAACCUCACCAGCAUCACUACAACCCAGAACUGCUUACAAAUAAUAAAAAACAAAAAGCCAAAGCAAGCAGAAACAGUUGCCAGACCAAACCCAGAACCGUGUCCAUAUCAGGGAUAUGUAUUUCUGCCCUUGUUAUAGAUUUGAAUAUUGACUGCAAUGCCGACUGGUCCAGCCCCAGCUUGCAAUUGGAGGGAGACGGUUUAAGAAGGGAUACUGGAUGAAAUGGAGAACCAGGCCUACAGCUUAGAGGAACGCAUUCAACCUUUUGAAUUCGCAUCAUAUUUAUUUUUCCCAAUUGAUGUGUUCAGGGAUUGAAAUAAGACUCCUGUUGCAUAGCAGUUUUCCCAGUUCCAGGUUUUAAAAUGAGCUUGAUUAGCCACAGCUAACAAAUUAAACUCAUAGUGAAACCCGGACUGGAUCACACUGCUAUGCAAGGGGAGUCUCAGGUUCCUGUGGUAAAGAGGAGGGCAGCCGUUAACAUGUCCCCCUGCGACAGCCCGCCCCCUAGUGGAUGAAAGAAAUGUGUUCUAUAUUUCUGACACGUAUUCCUAUUCACAAAGCACAGCUCCAGCCAAAACAGACCAUCAAGCCCAAUGCGAUUAAACUUGAUCAGUGUUUCUGAACUGGGACCAAAAGCCUUUCUCAUUCCACGCCAAUCAUGUGAUCAUGUGACCACUACCAGCCCCGCCCACUCUACAUUAGAUAGUGCGCAGCAACGCCAAUGACAUUGAAAACGACCUUUUAUUUCAUGAUACUAUAGAGAAGUGUUUUUAAAAUAACCUAUAAAAAUGACCCAGUUCUGUUUGAGCAAGUACGGGGAUUAUCUUUUGUAUAGCGUUCCUUUUGUAUAAAUGAAAACAAAGUGCCUACAGUGUGUUUGUAUUAUUGUUAGGGUUAACAUGAGACAUGCUUCACAUGUACUUGUGUAAAAUAACAGGGCGCUCCGUUAUUAUCGUUGUACUGCUCAAUAAACAUGUCGUCUGAGUUCUGGUUUUUUUUUUUUCGUCUGAUUUUUUACACGCAAUAAAUAUGGAUGGAUUUCUGAAAUACGCCUCUUGUGCAGUAUUGUGUUUGUCCAACAGUGUAAUCCCUUAC